AAUUUGCUAUUUGGAACUCCAUCACUGUUAAUUUGAAUUCAUAUUGUGUGCGAGGAAAGAGAGGAAAUUCAAGAUGGAGUUGAAUUUCUUGUGGUUGAUUGCUGGCGGAGUUUUUGUAUUUUGGUUUUUUAGGAGAGCGAAUGAGUGGUAUUAUGUUGGCAGGAUGGGAGGUGGAACGGCAUAUCCUCUUCCACCAGGUGAUUUGGGAUGGCCUUUUUUCGGGAACAUGUUGUCUCUCCUCAAAUCUCUAAGAUCUGGUGACCCUAAUUCUUUCGUCAAUAACCUCGCCUCCAGAUAUGGGAAAACUGGCAUCUACAGAACCCACCUGUUUGGUUAUCCAAGUAUCAUCGUUUGUACGCCUGAAUUAUGUCGACGUGUCUUGACAAACGACGAUACUUUCGGACUUGGUUAUCCUAAAUCCGCAUAUCUUUUAGCAGGGAGAAAAUCGCUACACAAUACUACACCCGCAGAACACAGGCGUCUGCGCCGGCUAAUUGCGAAUCCCAUCAACGGACAUCAAGCCCUAGCAAUGUAUAUCGAAAAUAUAGAGGAUAUUGUGAUUAAUUCCUUGGAUGAAUUUGCUAGCAUGAACAAGCCAUUUGAGUUCUGCCCAGAAAUGAAGAUGGUUACCUUCAAGGUCAUGACCAAAAUUUUUAUGGGCUCUGUCAGUGAUUCUACUUUCUGGACAACGCAUAAUCUGUACAAUGAUUUCCGUAUGGGACUAAUGUCCAUGGCCAUUGAUCUCCCGGGGUUUACUUUUCAUAAAGCAUUAAAGGCAAGAAAGAAGUUGGUAAAGGUCCUUCAAUCUAUCUUGGACGGAAAGAGGGUGAAGGCUAAAAGCAAUCAACACGAGGGAAAGAAAGAUCUGAUGGAUUUGCUUCUGGAAGCUGAGGAUGAGGAUGGGCAAAAAUUGGAGGAUGAGCAUAUCAUAGAUAUGAUACUCGUUUCCUUUUCGGCUGGUUUUGAUAGCUCGGCAUUUGGUUCGUUAUGGGCAAUAGUAUACCUAACAGAAAAUCCUGAAGCCCUCAAAAAGGCCAAGGAAGAACAAGAUGAGAUCGUGAAGAGAAGACCAUCUACCCAGAAAGGAUUGAGUCUUGCAGAAAUUAAACAGAUGGAAUAUCUUAAUAAGGUGAUUGAUGAGAUGUUGCGCAAAACAAAUCCCUUGUCAAUAUUCCGAGAGGCAAAAGUCGAUGUUAGCAUCAAUGGCUACACCAUACCAAAAGGAUGGAAAAUCAUGGUCUGGACUGGAGCUGUUCAUAUGGAUCCACAAAAUUAUGAAGACCCACAAGACUUUAAUCCAUCAAGAUGGGAUAAUAUAAAAACCAAAGCAGCAGCUUUCAUGCCCUUUGGAGCAGGAAGUAGAUCUUGUCCUGGAGGUGAUCUGGCCAAGCUAAUCAUAACCAUUUUCCUUCAUUAUUUUCUCCUCAACUACAAGCUCAAGCGAGUUAAUCCAAAAUCCCCUCUACGUUACACACAAGGACCAAUGACCGACGACAACUGCCUCGCCGAAGUCAAAAAGAUCCUGUAAACCAGCACAAUAUAUAUACAUGUAAUGCUUUGUUUUGCUAUACGUACUUGCUCUACUUAGAAAUGCCUUAAGCACAAUGUGAUUGUGUAUGAAUAAAUUGUUCAGUACUUAUCAUACAAACAUUAGCUAUGUAUUCAAAAGAUGAGAUCGCCUUUCAUCUUAUUUAUAUCAUUUACAUAAAAGCUUUUUAAAGUUCUUA